AUGAACAAGAAGAAGAAACCCAGUGGCGCAUUUAAACACAAACAACGCCAAGAAAGAGAAGAUAGUAAACAAAAAUUGCCCAAAAUUGACAAGUUUUUAGUCAGCCUUCUGCAAGUACUUCUGGCCAAAAUAUUACUAUUGAUAGUGACUCAAAUAAUGUGGAGAAGACCUACUGAAGAAGCUUCGAAGAUUCAAUUCAGCAAGUUUAUGAUGGAGCCAGUGUGA